AUGCGUCGACAUGCUGCUGCUGCUGCUGAUGGAGCGAUGAGGGCAGCAGCAGCAGCAGCAAGAGCCCGCAGCGCAGCUGAAGUUGCUGCAAGGGCAGAUAGCCUAGCAGCAGCAUCUGCUGCGAGGAGUCCUGCUGCUGCUUCUGCUGCUUCUUGCUGCAGCAGCACACCGGCGCGCCUCUAUUCUGCUGCCUCUGUUGCUUCCUCCCCGCCUGCUGUGCCGCUGCAGCUGCCGCCUCUCGAUCCUGCUGCUCUGUCUCCAAAGCCGCUGCAGCCGCUGCAGCCACUGCAGCAGCAGCAGCAGCAAAUGUUGCAGCAGCAGCAGCAGGAGUUGCUGCAGCACUCAGCUGCAGCAACUCCUGACGGCAUCAGCAGCCUCAGCUUGCCAACACUACAGCCGAUGGGGCAGAGGCCGCUGCAGGAUGUCUUCGACACCCCACAAGCACUGCAGCAGCAGCAGCAGCAGCAGCAGCAGCAGCAGCAGCAGCAGAGCCUAAUGUCUCCGUCUGUGAUGAGUACCCAGUCACCAGCAUCUGCUGCUUCUGUGGCGCGCUCUCAGACUCUCACCAGUGCCGUGCUGCAGCAGCACCUGCAGUCGCAACAGCAGCAGCUACCUCAGCUGCAGCAGCAGCAGCAACAGCAGCAGCUGCUGCAUUCGUUGCAGCAGCAGGCGGCACCUCACGGCACGAGCCCAUUGGGGCAGCAGCAGCUACAUCCCCCUCUCCUGUCUCGCCAGCUGACAUACCCAAAUUCACUGCAGCAGCAGCAGCAGCAGCAGCAGCAGCCACUACUGCCGCCACUGCUGCAGCAGCAGCAGCAGCAGCAACAGCCACUACUGCAGCCACUGCUGCAGCAGCAGCAGCAGCAGCAACAGCAGCACCAAGACGCCUUUCUUGCUACAUCGCCGAUGACCAGCCGGUCGUCUCCACUGACGUCUUAUAAGCCCUCAACACCUCAAGGCACAGCCCCGCUGCUGCCGCUGCAGCAGCUGCCGCCACUGCAGCAGCAGCAGCAGCAGCAGCAGCAGCAGCAGCAGCGGCAGCAGAUAGAGACAGCUGAACCCUUGCUUACGCUCGACUCUGGAAGCCUCAUAACGUUUGCUGCGGAGACUCCAGCUUCAACGACCGACAACCUGCAGCAGCUGCAGCAGCUGCAGCAGCAGCAGACACUGCAGCAGCAAACAGUACAACAACAGCAGCAGCAGCAGCAGCAGCAGCAAAGCGCUGACCUAUCCCCUACCAUAUCCCCUUCAAGGGCUGCAGCAGAGCGAGCAGCAGUUGCUGCUGCCAGAGCAACGGCUGCUGCGCAGAACGCUACAGCAGCAUGUGCACGACUGCAGCAGCUGCAGCAGCAGCAGCUGGUGCCUCAAGGGGUAGCAGCAGCAGCAGCAGCAGCAGCAAUGGCUGCUGAGACCGGUGCCUCUACAGCUCAACUAGCAGCAGAAAGAGCAGCGCUUGCUGCUGCAGCAGAUGGAGCAGCAGUUGCUGCUGCAGCAAAACCUACUGCUUCAUUCGGCUCGUCAUUCCUUCGCAGCAACUCGCUCCCUGCAAGCCUGCAGCAGCAGCAGCAGCAGCAGCAGCAGCAAACGAUGCUGCCAGUACGCUUCAACACAGGAGGAAGGUUGCCCCUCAGUCCCACCCCGCGUCUGCUGUCUCCCGUUGCUCUGCACCAGCAGCAGCAGCAGCAGCAGCAGCAGCAAAGCAGCUUCAGCCCGAAGCUGAUAAGAAGAGACAGCACCUCAACUCUUAGUCCAGCAUAUAGAACGCUGCAGCAGCAGCAGCAGCCGCAGAUGCAGCAGCAGCAGCAGCGACAGCAGCCGCAGCAGCCAACACUCUUGCAGCUGCGAGAGCAGCAGCUGCUGCAGGAGCAGCGCAGCCUGCGGCAGCAGCGUCUUGAGCUGGAGAGACAGCUGGCAGAGGAGCAGCAGAAAGGAGACGCUUCUAUAACUAGGACUUUGCAGCAGCAGCAGCAGCAGCAGCAGCAGCAGCAACAGCCAGCUGCUGCUGUUGCUGCACUGCAGCAGCAAACCAGAAUACCUAGCCCUGCCUUCUCUUACACUCGCAUAGACACGGGCCCCACACCACGAAGCGGCGGGAGUAGCAGCAGAUUCAAUACUCUUGAGCAGCAGCAGCAACAACUGCUCCCGGCUUGCUGCCCCGAGCAGCAGCAGCAGCAGCAACACCAACAGCAACACCAACAGCAACACCAACAACAACACCAACAGCAACACCAACAGCAACACCAACAGCAACACCAGCUGCAGCAGCAGCAGCAGCAGCAGCAGGAACACCAAGACAUGCUGCUGCUGCUGCUGCUGGCACCACACGAGGGACCCCCAGGCUUGCUGCUGCUAAUGUAG